UCUCUAUCUCCCUGUCUCUCUCUCUCUUCCACUCACCACCACCCCGCCAAAAAGUAAACCCUGACGGAACCAUUGUCUGCCAAUUACUCUCUCUCUCUCUCUCUCUCUCUCCGAUUCGUUCCCAUAUACACCAUUUACCUUUUUCCCUUUCUCAUUCUCUUUCUCCAUUAUACUCUGAUCGAUCUCCUUCUCUCUCUCUCUCUCUCUCUCUCUCUCUGUGCUUAAACUCUCUGAUUCCCUCUCCUCUCUAGCAAUUCAGGGCUUUCACUGUAAAUCCUUCAAAUGCUUGCGAUCGUUUAGCGGCGAGUCAACGAUCGGAUGGCUACGAUCAUGAAUUUUUGGUAUCUUUUUGGCUAAAUGGGACCCAUUGGAAUAGUGGAUGCUGACCUUCAUUGCCAUUGCAUGAGCGACAAAUAUAUGUUCUACUGCAUAAUCUUGCUGUGUACUCGGACUUUUGAAAAAAAGGACGUUUCUCUCACUCACCAACUCAAAUUAUUAUAAAGGACAACGGACAGAACCCUGAUCCUAUGCUCAAAUUUGGUACCAGUUCAUUUUGAAGAUCAAAUCAGUAAAAUAUUUUCCUUUGCCGUUUGCCACAUAAAUCUUUGGUGCACCUGCAUGGCUGGAAGGCUAUCUAUACCCUCUUCCUCUAACCAAGUGGGUGGUCUAUAGUUCCAACCCAUCUCCAAGAUUGACAUAUUACAUUAAGAAAAUUACACCAAAUAGGACGCGUUGUUGUUCUGAGGGAUACUAGUGUUUAUAAAAUUGCCCAUUUAAGGUUCUGCUAUAGAUAGUGAGCGUAUGCCUGGGAACAGGAACGAGAGUAAUUCAACCCAUAUUCCAAGUCGAGUUGAACGGCUCUUGAGAGAAAGUUUGUUAAGGAAACAUAGCAGAGCUUUUCAAUCAAAUGAGGCAACCGAUAAUAAUAAUAGCAAUGAUACCUACUUAAGAGAAGAUGAGAUCUCAAGGGUUGAGCAAUACUUAGAAGGGGCUGCAGCUGCUCGGGCAAAUAAUGAGGGAUUUGAAAGGGAAGAUGCAAAGACUGCCAGACAACGACUAUUGGUGGUUGCUAACAGGCUUCCAGUCUCUGCUGUAAGGAAAAGUGAAGACUCAUGGUCUUUGGAGAUAAGUGGUGGGGGUCUUGUCACUGCUCUCCUAGGUGUGAAGGAGUUUGAGGCAAGGUGGAUUGGUUGGGCUGGUGUCAAUGUGCCAGAUGAAAUUGGACAGAAAGCACUUACUAAAGCUCUAGCUGAACAGAGGUGCAUUCCAGUAUUUCUUGAUGAGGAGAUUGUUCAUCAGUAUUAUAAUGGUUAUUGCAACAACAUCUUGUGGCCUCUUUUCCAUUACCUUGGACUUCCACAGGAAGAUCGACUUGCUACUACCAGAAGUUUUCAGUCUCAGUUUGCCGCAUAUAAGAAGGCAAAUCAAAUGUUUGCUGAUGUAGUAAAUGAGCAUUAUGAAGAUGGUGACGUUGUCUGGUGCCAUGAUUACCAUCUCAUGUAUCUUCCUAAAUGCCUGAAGAAACAUAAUAGGUCAAUGAAAGUGGGUUGGUUUCUACAUACCCCCUUUCCUUCUUCUGAAAUUCAUAGGACACUGCCAUCUCGUUCUGAGCUCUUGCACUCUGUACUUGCUGCUGAUUUAGUUGGUUUUCACACGUACGACUAUGCACGGCAUUUUGUUAGUGCUUGUACUCGAAUUCUUGGACUUGAAGGUACCCCUGAAGGAGUUGAAGAUCAAGGAAGACUUACUCGGGUGGCUGCAUUUCCCAUUGGGAUUGAUUCAGAAAGGUUCAUUCGUGCACUUGAGCUUCCUCAAGUCCAAGAACACAUGAAAGAUUUGAAAGAAAGAUUUGCAGGCAGGAAGGUAAUGUUGGGUGUUGAUCGACUUGAUAUGAUUAAAGGAAUUCCUCAAAAGAUUUUGGCAUUUGAAAAGUUCCUUGAAGAAAACCCUGCUUGGCGUGACAAAGUAGUUUUGCUGCAAAUUGCAGUGCCAACACGAACAGAUGUGCCAGAAUAUCAGAAACUCACAAGCCAGGUUCAUGAAAUUGUUGGACGAAUUAAUGGGAGAUUUGGGACAUUGACUGCUGUUCCAAUACAUCACCUGGAUCGUUCUCUCAACUUCCAUGCACUAUGUGCUCUAUAUGCUGUUACUGAUGUAGCACUAGUCACAUCAUUGAGGGAUGGAAUGAAUCUUGUCAGCUAUGAAUUUGUAGCAUGCCAAGAUGCAAAGAAAGGGGUCCUCAUUCUCAGUGAGUUUGCCGGUGCUGCACAGUCUCUGGGUGCAGGAGCAAUUCUAGUGAACCCCUGGAACAUAACAGAGGUUGCUGCUGCAAUUGAUCAAGCUUUGAACAUGUCACCUGAUGAAAGAGAGAAACGGCAUAAGCAUAAUUUUUCGCAUGUAACCACUCACACUGCUCAACAAUGGGCUGAAACUUUUGUGAGUGAACUGAACGAUACUGUUGUUGAGGCGGAAAUACGGACAAGAGAUGCCAAACCUUCUUUUCCUAUCGAGGAUGCAAUUGAAAGUUAUAAGCAAUCUACUAAUCGAUUGCUCAUACUGGGAUUCAAUGCUACAUUAACUGAACCAGUGAGAGGUGAUCAAAUUAAGGCAAUGGAACUUAAAUUGCAUCCUGAGGUAAAAGAUUCCCUUAGGGAGCUUUGCAGGGAUCCCAAAACAACAAUUGUUGUCCUUAGUGGGAGUGACAGAAAUGUGUUAGAUGAGAAUUUUGGGGAGUUUGAUAUGUGGUUGGCAGCAGAGAAUGGAAUGUUUUUACGCUUUACAAGGGGAGAAUGGAUGACAACAAUGCCAGAGCAUUUGAAUAUGGAAUGGGUUGACAGCGUGAAGCAUGUUUUUGAGUAUUUCACAGAAAGAACACCCAGGUCACAUUUUGAACAGCAUGAAACUUCCCUCGUAUGGAAUUACAAAUAUGCAGAUGUUGAAUUUGGAAGACUGCAAGCAAGGGAUAUGUUGCAGCAUCUCUGGACCGGCCCAAUUUCUAAUGCAUCAGUUGAUGUGGUUCAGGGCAGCCGUUCUGUUGAGGUGCGGGCAGUUGGUGUCACAAAGGGUGCUGCAAUUGACCGUAUCUUGGGAGAGAUCGUUCAUAGCAAACCCAAUGGUAAACCCAUGUCAGCACCAAUUGAUUAUGUUCUGUGUGUUGGGCAUUUUCUGGGGAAGGAUGAAGAUGUGUAUACCUUUUUUGAGCCAGUGCUUCCUGCUGACCCAAUUAGUAUUUCAAGAUCCAAGGUAAGUGAUGGCCUAAAGUCACCUGGUGAUAGAAGAUCUUUGAAGCUCCCAGCAAAUAGAAAUGGAUCGAAAUCGUCUAACAGCAAGACACAGAGAUCCUUACCAAAUCCUGAGAAGAGAACAACAAAUAAUAGUAGUGGGAAUACACGACGGCCAUCGCCGGAGAAGAUUUCAUGGAAUGUACUUGAUCUUAAGGUGGAGAACUACUUCUCUUGUGCUGUUGGCCGGCAUCGUACAAAUGCUCGGUAUCUGCUCGGAUCAUCGGAUGAUGUUGUCUCGUUUCUGAAGCAGCUGGCUAAUGCAUCUGCUGUUGAACAACUGAUCUUUGAGUUCACAAGCCAGAAGAUAAAGAACGAGUCUUUAGAUAUCAUCGACAUGUAGAGAUAUGUUUAAUUCCCAAGCAUGCAGGUCCACCUUCCCUUACCUUUACCUGCUUCUGCUCUUCUCCUAAAAGCUAGAAGUGUAGCAAUCUUAGGAUUCGGAUAGCAUCUAAACCACAGAAAUUACCUGCAGAUUAAAGAAAUAAUUUACAUUUCUCAAGACAUUUCAGAAAGUUGUUUACACUGGUUAUAGAAUUUGUUUUAGAUUGCAUAAUACUAAUUUCGGAUCCAGAGUAUUCCUCUUUAA